UGUCAAAGGCGUUGAUUUUCAACAGAGGAAACGGUUUUCGGUCAUGCGCAUAGAAUAUUUUCGUUAUACAUUACAUACUGGUAUUUCCGGAACGUUUGUUGAUUUCGUGGAAGUUUAUGAAGCAAGUUUGUGCGGGUUUAGUUUACGCGUGAUUAUUUUUCUCAAAAAUUAUUUCUAGUCAAAAUGUCAGCAACAGUAGAAAGAAGCACAUCCUCAUGGAGAAAAAGAUCCCGGGAAAACGAUCAGUCUUCCCAAAUAGAUAGGAAAAGACCAAGAUAUUAUUACUAUCGACUGGAAAGUGAAAGUUCGAAAGCUUCUGAGGAAGAUACUGAAAGUGUAUAUAGUUUGCAAGACAGAGAAACUGACGUAGUGAGAGAUACAUCCGAUACUGAUUCAAAAUCGGAAAGCAGUGAUCAACAGGAGUUCGAACUCAUCGAAUAUGAAGUGGCCAGCUUGUCUGGAAGCGAUGACGGAUGUCAAGAAAAUUCGUCAAGUGGCUCUGAUGACCAUCUAAUGAUUGCUGCAGCUGUGGAAGUUUUAUGCGACUCUUCAUUGGAAAGAUGGGUUACAGAUUGUGAGGACUCGGAUAACAGUUCUUUAGAUGGUUCAGCUAUUUCUCGAUCAGACUUUUCAAGAUGUGUUCAGUGCAAGUCGGAAAAUGACAACCCUCUCUACAGAUAUUGUGAAAAAUGCUUCCAGCAGAGCUGCAGACAAUGCAAGAUGCGCAAGACGUACAAAUGUUUCCCGUUAUGCAUCUCAUGUCAUAAGGUGCGUUUUUCCAAAUUUUAUGUAAAGUAUGGUUCAAGAUAUUUUGCCUCAUUUAUUACCUGUUUUGGAAAGUUUGAGUUUUUGUUAGCGAAGAUAGCCUAUUUUCUUAUUAUAAUGGUACAGAAUUGACGAGAUUCAUCAUAG